AUGAGGCCUAACAACACUUUCGACCUGGAAUUACUUAAGCCCCCUCUGCGUCAAAUCUUAGCAGGUCUGGAUUAUCUGCACCGUCUUGACAUUAUACAUACCGGUAAGCUGCUCCUGACUCGCAAAAGCCUACUAUCUGGCUUACUGACGGUUAUAAAAAUAGAUCUUCAGACUAGAAAUUUGCUACUUGGAAUUGACGACACAUCAGUCUUUUCCGUCUUUGAAGAGGCUGAGACUGAAUAUCAGCCAUGCCCUCGUAAGGUUCUAGAGGAUCGUACGAUAUACGUGAGCAGGCGAGUUCCUUUCUCGAGUCGAUUGCCAAUUAUUACCGACUUUGGUGAAGUUAGGCUUCGGGAUGAAGCCCAUAUUGGCGAGGAUAUCAUGCCCGAUGUAUACAGAGCUCCGGAAAUAAUUCUCAGAAGUGAGUGGGAUAUUUGGGUGGAUAUAUGGAGCGUUGCUAUGGUGUCUUGGGAUAUUGUGAAAGGCCACACCAUCUUCAAGGCUAGAAAUGAUGAGAAAUUGUUGGAUGAUAGGCUUCAUCUUGCAGAGAUGAUUGCAAUCAUGGGUCCGCCACCGAAGGAGUUCUUGGAGCGCAGUCAAACGAGCCUCAUAUAUUGGGACGAAAAUGGUCAAUGGAGAGGGCUCACGCCGAUUCCUGACAUCUCCCUUGAGACUCUUGCGGAUGGUAUAGAAGGCGAAGAUGUGGCAGGUUUUCUCAGCUUCCUCCGCCGAAUCUUACGCUGGCUCCCGGAAGAACGGCCAACUGCGGGGGAGCUUAUGUUCGAUCCCUGGCUAAUGGAGGGCCUAGGGAAGUUCGGCCAGUCCAAGUAG